AUGACGAGAGCUAAUAGAACCUCAAUUGAUUUGGUUCGUCAUUUCAAGACAAAAUCAGGUACUCCUAUAACCGUAGGGACUGGUACUGGUACAAAAUGGCAAUGGAAGAAAAAACUCAGACCAGAAGAGGAAAGGGGCACAUUAGAUGAGGAAUUAGUUGAGCAGUUGUUGUUAGCAUUGAAGAAUGGCUACAAUCACAUUGAUACUGCGGAGGUCUAUACCACUCAUCCUGAGGUUGCAGCUGCUAUCAAAAGAAGUGGACGAAAGAGAGAAGACUUGUGGGUGACUACAAAAUAUGGCCCUGGCUUUAAAGAACGUCUUGCAGAAUCAAAAGGACCUGAGGACUUUAUUGAUAGGUCAUUGAAGGAUCUUGAUAAUGAUUAUAUUGACUUGGUUCUCAUCCAUUUUCCUUUUUUCAACACUGAACUCUCUCAUGGACAAAAUAUAGGAUCUGCUUGGAAAGAAUUGAUAAAAGCAAAAAAGGAUGGCAAAGUGAGGUACAUCGGCGUAUCGAAUUUUGCAAUACCUCAUUUAGAGGAAACUUUCAAGGUAUCAGAUUCUCCGGAAUACUACCCAGUGGUCAAUCAGAUUGAGUUUAAUCCAUACUUACAAAAUCAAAGUAAGGAUAUUGUUCAGUACUGUAGAGAUCACAAAAUUUUAGUAGAAGCGUAUGGACCACUCACUCCCUUGUUCAGAGUGAAGAAAGAUGGCGUGGAAAGGAAUGAACAUCCACUUGAGAACUUACUUCCCGAGCUAGCUGAAAAGUAUCAUAAGACGGAUAGCCAAAUCCUUCUAGCUUACACUUUGCAAAAAGGUAUUCUCCCUAUUACAACUUCAUCAAAAGAAGAGAGGAUUAGACAAGCCUUGGAAGCCUCGACGUUUUCUCUUGAUGAUUCAGAUGUCAAGGAAAUUGAUGAUGUUGGGUCCACUUUUCACUUUAGAAGUUUUUUUAAUAAUUUAUUCGAUGAUUAUGAAUGA